CACUCCAGUCAGUAUAUCGCGGCAUUCACCGCCGCUUAACCAGCCAAUAUAAGCUACCGUAUUUGACAUAAAACCCAGCUCCCCAGUGGCAACAAAUAUGGAUUCCACUGGCGUCGUUAAGUACAGGGUUAUCAUCGUAGGAGCGGGGAUGGCAGGACUGUCCGCGGCAGACGUCUUGAUCAGUGCAGGCAUCCGAGACAUCGUUGUUCUGGAGGCAAGAAACAGGGUAGGUGGAAGAAUACACACAGUGAAGGAGGGUGACGGCCUUAUAGAGCUGGGGGCCAACUAUAUCCACGGAACGACUGCCGAAAACUCCGUGUACACUCUGGCACAGAAGCAUGGCCUCGUGAGAGAAGGGUUCUUGUCCACAAGACUGUCAGACGGCGCAUUCUACACGCAAGAUGGCUUGGAGAUCAACAAAGAACUGAGCGACAGAGUCUGGACGGUCUACACAACCAUCAGUGACGAGGUUUAUUCCCCAAGCACAAGCAAGGACAAAUCUUCAAUGACAGUUGAAGACUACUUCAGCGUGAGAUACGAAGAGGAGAGACAGCAAUUCCGGGACGACGAACAAGAAACUGCGGCCGCCAUUUUCAAUUGUAUUAAAAAUGGCGAACAGGUCUACGUUGGGAGCGAUCUUCCGCACGUGCCGGUGCUCGACUUGGAGAAUUUCACAGAAAUAGUCGGAGGGGACGCGCUGGUCGCCAAAGGGUUGGCAUCUGUUCUUAAGCCUCUAUCGAGUAAUCUACCAGACGGGUGUGUUCGACUUAAUCGAGAAGUGACGAAGAUUAGGUGGAAAAAUGACGUCAAGGAUCGCGCUGACGUCAUUGUCGUCUGCUCAAAUGGUGAAACGUACACGGCAGACGUAUGUUUAGUCACAGUGCCUCUGGGUUACCUGAAACAACACGCCCAUAGAAUUUUUAAACCUUCCCUUCCAGUGGAUAAGUUGUUGGCAAUAGACAAAAUAAAUGCUGGCUGCGUUGAUAAACUUUUCCUCGUGUACGACAAGCCUUUCUGGAAAAGGGGACAACUGGGGAGCGUUAAAUUGGCGUGGAGAGGGGAAGAGGGUGUGGUCAGAGAUCCAUAUAAGGAAUGGUACAAACGGAUCUUUUCAUUCGACGAAUACCCGACCCAUCCCAACGUGCUAGUAGGCUGGAUAUCAGGGUUCGUAGAGGCGCGGCAGGCGGAGCUCCUUCCUGAAGCCGACAUCAGUCAAAAAUGCACCGAAAUUCUCCGAUCUUUCCUUGGCGACAAAAGCAUCCCGGAACCGAGCAAGAUAAUCCGCUCUCAGUGGGGGACGGACCUCUACACACUGGGGUCAUACGUCGCUCUUACCCUACCAGGGUCUCCUGAAGAUUUUGCCAAACUUGCAGAGCCGGUAGCAGACAGCCGGGGAGAAGUUCGUCUGCUCUUUGCAGGCGAGGCGACCGACGUUGCCUUCAACUCUACCAUGCACGGAGCGAGGAACUCUGGGAUACGCGAGGCGGAGCGGAUCAUUAAGAGUUUAUCAUGAAAGAAGAUGUACGGAGAAGGCAUACGCUGCAGACGUGUGACGCACGCCAAUGAAGUAUUUGAUUUACUUGAUGAUUUUGACAUAAACGAACAAAUCGUAGGGCCUAUAUUUGUGGAGGCCCACAGUUAGUAAUUAGCAAACACCACAAAAUUUAGAUUCAGUUAACAUGUUGAAUUAAGAAACACCAUCGUAGGGCCUCCUUACACUGAAAGUCGUGUCGAACAUUGUGGAUUUGGAAUCAAAAAUUGUUUAUUGCACAUAUUGAUGAUUUUUAAAUAUUUAAAUUAAUAUUAAAAUAUCUAAAAAAUCCAGAAUGGUGCAUGAAACGGGGGAAGUGAUCGUAGGCCUAUUAUUGGAGGUGAUGGUAAUGAUGAUGGUCCAUGUAGGGCCUACUGUAUAUCAUAUACAAAAUUUUAUGUUCCACAGAUAAAAGUUGAUUUAAAUGUACGUUCAUGUGGAUGUAUUUUUUAUCCUGCCAUUGCAUAAUCUUUACAUUACACAUAGUGCCAAGUAUAUUUUCCUAUAACCAAUUAAGGUGGUUGGUGCUUACAGGAAAACAAUUUAAUAUGCCAUGGAAAACAAUAAUAAUGUUAUUGUACUGCCAAUUAUCUUCCAUGGUAUCCCAUUAAGUGAUUAUGUAGUUUAUUUAACUUUAAAGACGUGAGCAAUUAAACAAAACAGUAUUAUGAUAAAAUAGAUAUAUCUAGUCAAUAUCGUAUAAACGUUAACAGUGCGACAAAUUGCAGUCAGUAUUCGACUCUAAAAUGUGGAAAAAGUGUGUAUAGAUAAAGGGAUAACAACUCUUAUGUGAGAUUCAUUUUUC